UGGUCACUGCCAACCUAGAGACGUGUGUGUGUGUUCAGUGUGUGGUAUGAAGAAGCGCUUCGACAUGACUAAAUUUGUCUGAUCACAGAAGUGACCGUCCCCCCGUCCCAUUUCGAGGACACCAGAUAACAAAGUAGCGACCUGAACUUCGCGAUUUAAACAAUUUAGCUUACAUCUUAGCUGUUAGCCAGCUCCGUUGUUAUGUCCCUGAUCGGGGAAAUGGCUCGGCUGUAGCCAGUGUGUGUGUCUGUGACUGUCUGUCUUCAGCCGGUGUGUAUCUGCGUCAGUGACCGAGAUGCGUUUUAACGAGAAGGAGCUGGUCUCUCUGAGCCGCCAGCCUUCAGAGAUGGCAGCUGAACUGGGGAUGCGAGGGCCCAAGAAAGGAGAUGUUGUAAAGAAGAGGCUGGUGAAACUUGUCGUUAACUUCCUCUUUUAUUUCCGGACUGAUGAGGAGGAGCCAAUUGGAGCGCUACUGCUGGAGCAGUGCCGGGUGGAGAAGGAGGAUAACCAGAGCUUCUCUAUUGUGUUCCUGGAUGAAGCAGAGAGGAAGUAUUUGUUUGAGUGCGAAUCAGAAGAACAGUGUCGGGAGUGGAUAGACUCCAUUAUCAAGGCCAGUUACGAGUUCAUGAGGAAGAACCUGAUAUUCUAUCGAACUGAAAUCCACAGACUCACUGGCAAGGACCCCUUGGAGCAGUAUGGUAUAUCAGAUGAAACGCGCUUCCAGGUCAGCAAUGGGCUGCAACAUAUGCCUAGAGAUACCUCCUCCCUAUAGACCAGUGUCCUGCCAUUCCAGCAUUCUGUGCUCACUGGUUUGAAAGCCGUGGCAUUACCAUUCACACUCUAGACUUUUAGAUGUUCACUGCUUUGAAUGUAUUUAGUGUGGCCCCAGACUCAUGCAGAUGUUAUAGCAGGGUACCUGAGGGUAGGCAAAGUGUUAAUUCUGAUUAUUUCAAUUGUGUCGUUGUCAAACAUUACAGGUAAUGUGGGGUUUGGAAAAAUCAACACUGUCUUAUUUUUGGUUUAAGAGAUUUUUUUUACAUGCCAUUUCAUUUUCAGACCUCUGCCUGUAUAAACUAUAUUUUAUACUGUGUUUUCUACUGGACAAACUGUACACUUAGACAAUGUCAUUUUGAGCACCUCUGACUGUACUUGUGCUGCAGAGCUGGGGCUGGGACUUUCUUUCAGGACUAUUAGCAAUAUCAGCAGUCUAUCCGGGACAUAUGAGCGUUUGAUGAAAACUAAUGUUAAUCAACUAAGUGCACACUGUCGAAGAAACUCAUAAUUAUUAGUCUAGCCAAUUUAGAAAAACUUUGGCAGUAUUUACUGUCCUCACAUGAACUGCAUGAGCCCUAUGAUCUGCUCAGUUGAGCCACUCAUUUUAUUCCGUUUUUGCUUAUGACAAAAAAGAUUUUUAGCUAUUCCAGUUUGUAUUUAUCAGCCAGACCAUUCAGAAUAUUUAGUUUUAAAAACUAUACUUUUGCACAUAUUACUUUCGUGGGUGUUGUUUUUUCUUUUUUUUUUUUUUUUUGAUUAUUAGAAUUUCAAUAAUGUACUUGAACCUACUGUACCUUUUCUGUGGCACUUCGAAUCUGAUUCUUUUAGGUAAGCUGUUUGACCAUGUUGGGAAACAAGGCUGUUGACAUUUUAAAAUAUCACACCAACUUCUUUGUCAGUGUAGUGUAAUAGUGAGUUAAAAUUUUUCUCUCAACCACAUUUCACUACACAGGGCAUUGCUGUAUUCUAAAAAAAUGGUGAAAUAUUCAUUUCAGCUGUCAGGAGUCUGUCAUUGAAUGUGUCCUCUGGCUUUAAAAACUAUUGCACAUGGAAUGUGUUAAGUUUGUUUUUACUUCUUGUUAGACUGUGUUUCAUGGCAUCUCCUUUUUACUAAUAAAGUAAUCUGUUAACAAAA